AUGGUCGCGGCGCUGCAGAAGGCCGCCGGCAUGCUGAGCUGGCAGGGGGGCUCCGAGAACGCGCCGCGGCUCGCGCGCGCGCCCGCGCCGGCCUGGGCGGCGCAGCCGGGCGCGGCGCCGUACGGCGGGCCGGCGGCGCAGGCGGCGUCUGCGGCGGGGCAGGGAGUCGGCGGCGGGGCCGGCGGUGGCGGCGGCGGAGGUGGCAGCGGCGCCGGGGCCGGGAAGGAGCGAUGGCGGAUGCGGGCAAGCAUCGACAACAGCGCCCUGCAGCAGAGCCCCCACUUGCGGCCGCUGCCGCCCCUGCCAGACCUCUCGCCGCCCCCGCCGCCGCCGCAGCAGCAGCAGCACGCGGCGCCGCCGCCGCUCGACCUUGCCGGGGCCCCUGGCGCGGCGCCGGCGGAGGCCAAGCAGCCAGGCGCGGUGAUGCGGGGCCUGCGGCCGCUGACGACGGCUGUCAAGUCGGUGUUUAUGGGGGCGAGCGCCGCCGCUCAGCAGCAGCAGCAGCAGCAACAACAGCGGCAGCAGCAGCAGCAGCAGCAGCAGCAACAGAGGCAGCAAGAGGAGGUUGUGCCGCCGCCUGUGCCGCAGCAGCAACAGCCUCCAGCGCCGCUGCAGCAGCAGGAAGCGGCGCUUGCAGCGGCCGCCAACGGUGCUGAUGGCAGCCGUGCGCCGGCGCUCGCGCCAUUGCCCCCGCGGGUCGGGGCGGCUGCCCUGCCCCCGCAGGCGCCGACAACGCAACAGUCGCAGCCGCAAGCGGGCGCGCAGCAGCAGCCGCUGCAGCUGCAAUCGCAGCCGCAAGCGCCGCCUCUGCAAAUCUUGAUUGCAGAGGACAACAGGGUGAACCAGAUGGUGCUGCUCAAAGUGCUGCAGUCGGUGCUGCCCGGCUGCCGCCCCGACGUAGUCGCCAACGGCCUCCAGGUCCUGGAGGCCGUCAGGGGGAAGGCCUAUGACGUCAUCUUCAUGGACGUCCACAUGCCCGAGAUGGACGGCGUCACCGCCUCCGAGCGCAUCCGCGACGGCUGCGCGCCCUCCGGCCCGCGCCCCCGCAUCGUGGCCGUCACGGCCGACACGCUCGCCUCGCUGCGCCAGCGCUGCGCGGAGGCGGGCAUCGAGGCCUUCAUAUCAAAGCCCUUCAGGGUAGAGGACCUGCGCCGCGUCGUCGAGCGCUUCGGCCUGAACGUGCCGCCGCCGCCGCCGGCGCCCCGCGCGCCCGCGCCGCAGCCGCAGCCGCCCGCGGCGCCGCAGCUGGCGUGGGCGUGA